AUGACGACUCUAGCUGCUGAUCGAGGGCUACCGAUCAGAAUUUCAUCAUUCAACAAAAGGGAAAGGGAAGGAGAUAAUAAUGGGGAAAAGGGUUUGAAGAAGAUGAUCAUCGCUGAAUCCAAGAAGAAGCGUCCAGGUUGCGAUGACGAUGACUUCAAAGUAGCAGAAGUUAAGAGGCGGCGGAGAAUGGGUAUUAGGGAAGAUUGCGAGAGGGCGCUGCCGAAGAAGAAGAUGAUUCACAGAGAAAAGAAAAAGGAAAAUUGUACCGCCAUUGAUCAUGCUUGCACUACUACUACUACUUCACUUUCACUUACUGUUGAUGCUCAUCAACUUUCUCCAACUAAGGCUCUACGUGCUGCGAUGAUGAAGAAACGUUAUGCACAUCUCAUUUUCAAAGCAACUCAGGGAGAUAUUGCUGACCAUAUGAAGCAACAAGAAGAAAGAGAGAAAGCGAGGAUUGAAGAAGAAGUCAAAGCUGCCCAAACACUUUUACGGAUUAGGGCAGAGGCCGAACUCAAAAUCAAGAGAGAAGCUGCCGGAAUAGCAUUAGAAAAGAUGAAAAAAACGGUUGAAUUCAACGAUGCAUGCCAAAUAAUGAGAGAUUUCGAGAGUUUGUUGAAUGCUAGUUAG